UAAGGAAGGAAACACACUCACACCGAGAAAUGGGGAAGCAUGUGAGCGUACAAAUAUCCACCCUGUUCACUGCUUCCCACAAAAAACGCUGAGACUGAUUUCAAGAUGACCUUCUUGCUUCUGCUGGCGACGCUGAUAGCAUGUGCUGCAAGUAUUGAAGAUAUGUCAGGUAAAAUGUUCACCUUCCCACUGCAAUCCAACAAAGCUCACGUGAAGCUGAUUACAUCACUGCGGGAAUUCAGUAGUGUAACCGUCUGUCACAGGUCCUUUACGGACCUCAAAAGAGACCACGUGCUGUUCUCUUUGGCCACAGCCUCAAAUAGCAACGAAUUCCUGAUUUUCUGGGAUGAAGCAAAUAAGGAGCUGGAGUCCCAUGUCAGGGAGAGAAAGACGGAGUAUAGAGGGAUGGACUACAAGCCGAACAUGUGGCACUCUAUUUGUACGACAUGGGACUCUGAGUCUGGACUGGUGCAGGUGUGGUUUGAUGGACGACCUUCGAUUAAGAAAUUCAGCAUCUCUGGGUCAACCAUCAGAGGAACCCCUAUAAUUGUUCUAGGACAGGAGCAGGAUGCCCACGGUGGGGGAUUUGACAUCAACCAGUCUUUCGUUGGCAUGAUGUCUGAUGUCCACAUGUGGCACUACAUACUCUCCCCCUGCGAGAUCCAGAACUACGUGGAUCAUCUAAACUUCACUCCAGGGGAUGUGAUCAACUGGAGUGCACUGGAAUACCAGAUUGUAGACAAAGUGCUGAUAGAGAAAAAAUUUGAAACAUGUCACUGAACUUUUACAACAACACCAUUAAUACCUUCAGAAAGUCAAACAUAUUUAAACGAUAUACUUGCUAUGCUUUUAUGUACAAUGUAAAUGGCAUAAGUAAAAAUAUGUUCAAAUGUGAAACCUGUAAGAAGCAAAAGUAGGUAGGUUAAAAGUAAAAAAAUCAAUAAAUAAAAAUGUUAGGAUUAGUCUACCCCCUGCAGAUAGACUGGCAGACAAGUGACAGCAAUACGAAAAGUUAUUAUAAGCUGAAUUGCUUGUAUUCAGAGUAUUAAGAGAAUACUGAUCCUUAGCUUUUUGCAUAGUUUCCUUUCAGUGGUUAUCUUAAACUACUUGUUUACUUAAUAUAACUAAAUCGAUUGUCAUCACUAAUGUUAUUACCUGAUCUUUUUUCAUUGCAAAGCGUUUCAAACAUUCAAUCAAUAAAAAUCAUUGUUGGAGAAGAGAAAAAUAAAUCAAUGACAUUGUUUUGGUUUUGGUUCCGUCUUACGGGCCAAGACAGUUUCUUCAGACUAAAGUUAGUAGGUGGUAAUGUUGCUCCAUGCCUGCUGGAUGUGUAAGAAGGACACUGUUUUUUAACAUCAUCAUAUCAUUUACAACUUUAUUUAGCAAUAAUAUGUGGGCUGUGAAUCUGUCUGUUCAUUUUUAAGGCCCUCUGCUGAUCUUUGUCUGUUAUUUUACUAGACAUUGAAAAAUAUAUAUAUCUUCAUUCAAUCAGACAGCACUACUUUGUAGAUAUCCACCCUAUGUGUAAAUUGACCUAUACUUUGAAUGUUAGAGCUUCAGUUUUUCCAUGUUUCAUCACUUCUCCCAGUUUUUUUGAAGAUAAAUCACAUAUGUGCCCA